CCAAGUCCCCUGCGCCGCUCUCACGUCAGCAGUGAGGGCGGAAGCGAAGAGUACAGGAUGCGGCUCCUGGUUGCGUUGCUCCUGCUAAGUGUCGCAGUGGAGGACACCAUCUCAAGAACAGAUGAGUCUCCUGAAGUAAAAGCUACGUCCCCGCCUCCUACGAAGGUAGAGCCUUCUAAGUCGGGAAUGCCUGGCAGUCCGACGGGGCAGAAACAACAGCCAUCCGCUGCCGGAGACCAGGUGGAGCCGACUACGGCAGCAGUUUCCAGUUCGGCGGUAUCUGGACAGCAGGUCACUGCAACCGAUCCCCCCAAAGACGAGUCGUCUGAUCCCAAAACUCAGCCCGAGAAAACAGAUACCAAGUCAACGGGGUCUGCACAACAGCCCCCGCCAGCCGACACCAAACAGAAAGAAUCUGGGCAGAAGCCCACAAAAGAUGAUUCGGAAAAGCCCACAAAAGUUGAUCCGGAAAAGCUCACAAAAGUUGAUCCGGAAAAGCCCACAAAAGUUGAUCCGGAAAAGCCCACAAAAGUUGAUCCGGAAAAGCCCACAAAAGUUGAUUCCAAUGAGCCCGUCUCCAAACCCUCCUCAAAUCAGGAGACCCCCAAGAUUGAGAAAACCGAGCUAGCUGGAAAAGGACAGAAAUCAACGCCUACUUCCAAAACUGAAUCUGGGGAGAGACCAGCAGGAGACUCUGACUUCUCUUUAAAGCCAGAGGGAGGAGAGAAGUAUUCAGAGCCUACUGAAGCUGUGGAAGCCAAGGAAGAGAGUGAGGUAGAGCCAGAAGAGGGCUCGCCACUUGAAGAAGAGGGUGUAAAGGUGUUGGACCCUUCCUCCAGUGAGAACCGAGAGGGACCGCUUAUAGAGUCUGUGAAUGAGGAGAAGGAUAUCUCUUAUAAGGACAGUUCUGCAAGCACCAGUGCCGAGAGCAGCCACUUCUUUGCCUAUCUGGUGACCGCAGCUGUCCUUGUUGCUGUCCUCUAUAUUGCUUACCACAACAAGCGGAAGAUUAUUGCUUUUGCCCUAGAAGGAAAAAGAUCCAAAGUCACUCGGAGACCAAAGGCCAGUGACUACCAGCGUUUAAACCUAAAGCUUUGAUUAUUUUUUUGUCUGCAAGAACCUUGUGCUCCCUGCUGAUUUGUUCCUGAAUCAAGAAAAAUGAAAAGACUGACCUUCUCUGGGGUUUGUGGCAAGUCCAGGCCAGCAGAGAUGGGAUUGCUUCAGGUUUUGCACCUGCACUUUGGUGACAUUGUACUCUGGUGGUGUUUAUACUUUUGUGUUUCCUUUAUGCUGGUGUGUUCCGCCAUUCGUUCUUCCAGGAGCGUGAGGAGGGAGCACGUGAAAACGUGACUGACUAAAGGAAGCCCCUCCCUUAGGCAGGCUCACGAUGGACCACUCCCAUAGCCGCUUUAUCUUUGCAACUCUAGGAGGAAGCUGCAGAGAGAUGCUUUCUAGACAAGAAACAGAAGAUGAUGGGUGCCAUUCUGAUGGGCAGAAAGGGGUUGAACCCUUAUUCUCUGUAGAGGCCUCAGCUGCAAACCAGCGUAGCAGGUUUAAAGAGUGCUGAAGUCUGACCCACUUGACUGUCUAUUUUUCUGUAAGUUUGCACUCUGGUUGUACUAGCAUAAAAGGAACUUGGGGUUUCUGGAAGUAAAAUCAUGGUUCCAUGGGUUUUUGCUUUGUUUUGCUUAA